CGUUGGGCUGCCCUUGGAGCGCGAGCAUGUGCAGAAGCAGGAAGGGCGCGCUCGGAGCCGGAGCGGAGCCUGUUCUUACACCUGGCGGGGCGGGAGGAAGAGCAGCCGCGGCGCCGGCGGCGGUGGGGGCGGGGAAGUGGACAGGCCACGUUUGGUUUUGUUUUGAUUAUGGGGCGGGCGAGUUCCCUCCUCCUUGGCGGGGGCUGCGAGUGGAGCGCCCCGGCUGGAGCGUAGCUCCCUCCCUCCGCCCCCAGAGCCACUAGGAAGAGGGAGAAUCAGCCCCCUCCCUUCGCCUGCGCUCGCACUAGUGCUGACCCCGCAUGGCUGGGGAAGGAGGCGAAGGCGGAGGCUCUGCACCAGCCAGGCGGCGGCGGCGGCGAGACAGCGGCGAGAAACAGCGCUUGCUUGCUUGCGCCGCUGCCUGCGGCGCGGGGGCUGCCCGCGGGGCUCGCUGGGGCCCUUGCAGCCCAGUCGGGGCGGAGGGGGUGUGACAGCCGCGAGCUCAGGCGUAGGAAGGCUGAGGGGCAGGAGCAGCUCCCGCCGAGUCCUGCCCUGCCAGUGUAGCGGGGGGAAGCCGAGCAGGAUGCACGGGUAGGGGGUCCCCGCUCCCCGGAUCUGCUGUGCCUGCAUAGGCCCCUCUGACUGCCCUUGGGGGCCGCUCUCCCCUUGCCCGGGUCAGCGGCGGGAGGCUGCUCCGCAGCACUUUGCACGCCCCGGCUGCUGUCUGGGAACGUAGCAUGGAGAAACAGGGUCAGGACGAGACGCUCCCUCACCCCCUGGAGCCGGAGCCGCAGCCGCAGCCGGUGGGGAGGGCGAUGGGGGAGAAGCGGUUCAAGCUGUGGUAUGUGGGUUGGUCCUGCCUGGACAGACGGACCACGCUGCCCAUGCUCCCCUGGCUGAUGGCCGAGAUCCGCAGGCGCAGCCAAAGGCAGGACCCUGGCGGACCCCUGGGUAGCUCGGUGCCCGCCCGGGAGGUGCUGCUGCUCCUGGGCUUCCCGAACCUCCGCUGCGUCCCCGCCACCUCCAGCGGCAGCCCGGGCAGCGCCAACCCGGCCGUCUUCAUCUUCGAGCACAAGGCGCAGCACAUCUCCCGCUUCAUCCACAACAGCCACGACCUCACCUACUUCGCCUACCUGAUCAAGGCGCAGCCCGACAACCCCGAGUCACAGGUGGCCUGCCACGUCUUCCGGGCCUCUGACCCCAACCAGGUUCCUGAUGUGAUCAGCAGCAUAAGGCAAGUGUCCAAAGCAGCCCUGAAAGAGGAUGCCAAGCCUGGUAAGGAUAGUGAAGAUGCCUUCUACAAUUCCCAAAAAUUUGAGGUUUUGUACUGUGGAAAGGUGACUGUGGCCCAUAAGAAAGCCCCCUCCACUCUAAUUGAUGAGUGCAUUGAGAAAUUCAGUCUACAUGAGCGCCAGCGCCUGAAACUGUUGAGUGAGCAGCGGAGCACAGAUUCCAGCUCAGACUUAACCUUGUAUGAAGGAGACGUGCCAACUUCUCCGUCAGAUAGUCCAUUUGAGGAGUUAGAUGGCACGAGCACCACCACCGGGCACACUGGGAUCUUUACAGUUGGAGGCCAGACCAACCUGGCUGGCACCCGUGUCUCUUUCCCCGAGCGAAUUUUGGAGGAUUCUGGCUUUGAUGAGCAGCAGGAAUUCCGCUCCCGGUGCAACAGCGUCACUGCAGUUAUGCAAAGGAGGGUUCAUGAUACCAGCCUGAAAACACAGCCACGCAGGAGACAUGCAAGUGCACCCAGUCAUGUUCAACCCUCAGACUCUGAGAAGAACAGAACAAUGUUGUUUCAGGUUGGACGAUUUGAAAUUAACCUUAUCAGCCCAGACACCAAAUCUGUUGUGCUUGAAAAGAAUUUUAAAGAUAUCUCCUCAUGUUCUCAGGGCAUACAACAUGUUGAUCACUUUGGUUUUAUUUGUCGGGAAUCUAUUGAACCUGGGAUAAACCAGUAUGUUUGCUACGUGUUCCAGUGUGCAAGUGAAUCUUUGGUUGAUGAGGUAAUGCUUACCCUCAAACAAGCCUUUAGCACUGCUGCAGCUCUACAGAAUGCCAAGACUCAGAUUAAACUGUGUGAGGCCUGUCCUAUGCACUCAUUGCAUAAACUCUGUGAAAGGAUUGAAGGUCUUUACCCACCAAGAGCCAAACUUGUAAUUCAGAGACACCUGUCAUCACUUACUGAUAAUGAGCAAGCAGACAUUUUUGAACGUGUUCAGAAAAUGAAGCCUGUCAGUGACCAGGAAGAAAAUGAGCUUGUGAUCUUACAUCUGCGACAGUUGUGUGAAACUAAACAAAAGACUCAUGUCCAUAUUGGCGAGGCACCAUUGAACAUUUCAAACAGUGCAAUCCCAGAAAACACUGCCAGCAGUGGCCGGUUUAAACUCGACAUUCUGAAAAACAAGGCCAAGAAAUCCUUGACUAGUUCUCUGGAAAACAUCUUCUCAAGGGGAGCUAGCAGAAUGCGAGGCCGUCUGGGCAGCAUGGACAGCUUUGAACGGUGCAGCAGCCUUACUUCUGACAAGGACUGUUCACCCGGGGAUUCUCCUCCGGCCACUCCUCCAGCUUCCCCCGUGUCCUCGGUCUGGCAGCCAUUUCCCGAAGAGGACUCUGAUUCUCCUCAGUUUAGAAGGCGUGCACAUACUUUCAGCCAUCCAACGUCCAGUGCCAAGAAGAGGAUUACUUUCCAGGACGGGAGGUCCCAGAGUGUUAAGUCUCCACUUCUGAGGCAGAAUUCUAUAGAGCAGAGCAGUGAUGGGGAGGGAAGGAAAAGGACCUCGUCCGUCUGCAGCAACGAGUCUGUAAAUGCCAGCGGGGUCACUCUUACCCCCCGCCGCAUCUCCUGGCGGCAGCGAAUCUUCCUGCGGGUUGCUUCACCCAUGAACAAAUCUCCCUCAACAAUGCAGCAUCAAGAUGGGCUUGAGGGGAAUGAAUUGUUGCCACUGUCCCCUCUUGCUCCAGCCUUGGAGGAGGACCCUCUUUCUUUGAUAUUGCAAAAUGAGGAUGCCCCAGAUAAGGCUGGCGGGAGGAAAAAAUCGGAAGAGUUGCAGAGUCUGUGGAGAAAAGCUAUCCAUCAACAAAUCCUACUGCUUCGAAUGGAAAAAGAAAACCAGAAGCUGGAAGCAAGCAGAGAUGAACUCCAAUCGAGAAAAGUUAAAUUGGACUACCUUGAAGUUGGUACAUGUCAGAAAGAUGUCAUAAAUAUCUGGGAUAAGAAGUUAUUAAACUGCAGAGCCAAAAUCAGAUGUGAAAUGGAGGAUAUUCAUACCACUCUGAAAGAAGGUGUACCAAAAAGCCGCCGGGGAGAAAUUUGGCAAUUUCUAGCUGUACAACAUCGCGUAAGACAUGGACUGCCAAGCAAACAACAACCUCCUGACAUCUCGUACAAAGAACUCUUGAAACAGCUGACAGCUCAGCAACAUGCUAUCCUUGUAGAUCUAGGCAGGACAUUCCCUACACAUCCUUACUUCUCUACCCAGCUGGGAGCAGGGCAGCUGUCACUCUUUAAUCUCCUGAAAGCUUAUUCUUUGCUGGACAAGGAAGUGGGUUAUUGCCAAGGUAUCAGCUUUGUGGCUGGAGUGCUGCUUCUACACAUGAGUGAGGAGCAAGCCUUUGAAAUGCUGAAAUUCCUCAUGUAUGAUCUUGGCUUCCGUAAACAGUACAGGCCAGACAUGAUGUCACUACAGAUUCAGAUGUAUCAACUUUCAAGACUCCUCCAUGACUAUCACAGAGACCUCUAUAAUCAUCUUGAAGAGAAUGAAAUCAGCCCCAGUCUUUAUGCUGCACCCUGGUUUCUCACGUUGUUUGCUUCUCAGUUUCCGUUAGGAUUUGUAGCCAGAGUUUUUGACAUUAUCUUUCUUCAAGGAACUGAAGUCAUAUUUAAGGUAGCUCUGAGUCUACUUAGCAGCCAAGAAGCACUUGUAAUGGAAUGCGAGAGCUUUGAGAAUAUUGUUGAUUUCCUUAAAGGCACUAUCCCAGACAUGACUAAGCUUCAAAUGGAAAAGAUUAUUACCCAGGUUUUUGAGAUGGAUAUUUCCAAACAGCUUCAUGCAUAUGAAGUAGAGUACCAUGUACUACAGGAUGAGCUGCAGGAAGGUUUGAAUCCCUGUGAUGAUGUUGAACCUUUGGAGAAAUUGGAGAGGGCCAACAGUCAGCUAAAGAGGCAAAAUAUGGACUUGUUGGAGAAGCUACAGAUAGCUCAUGCUAAAAUUCAGAGUCUGGAAUCCAACCUGGAAAACAUAUUGUCUCGAGAGAACAAAAUGAGGAGCUUAAUCCAGUCGCUGGAACAGGAAAAGAUGGCAUAUCAAAAGACUGUUGAGCAAAUAAGUAAAUACCUGCCAGUAGAAGCACUGUCUGACUGUGAACUGUUCCUGAAGGAAGUAAAUGCCAACCCAAACAAUAAAACAAAGCAAGGAAAUAAGCCAUAAGUAAGAGUUUCAGGCAGUAUAAUUUCAAAUAUGAAGGGAAAGCAAAGAUAUGUAUGCUGCUAUAACAGAACUCAGAAAGCAGCAGGUAGUGGUUUGCCUAAAACCGGUGCUGGGACACUCAUAGCAGCAGAUGGGCCUUGUCACUCUCAUUAUGCAAAUCCCAGGUUAUCAAAAUAGAUUUUUUUUUUUAAUGGUUGUGUACAUAUAUCACAAUGGGAAAUAAAGGACUGUUGCAUUUAAUUGUGACAAGUAGAUGUAUAUUUAGAGUUGAUUUAAAGGAAAAGGUCAGAACUUCACUAAUGAAAGCCAAAGUGGUGGUAAAUUAAAAUUUAAUUCUAGAUGCCUAUCUUUUGUCUUGUAGCAAAAUGAAGAUAAUGUGUCUCAUAUAUAUAUAUAUAUAUAUAUAUAGUAUAAUACUUGAAAAAGAUGAAUGUAUUUUUUCCUCCAAAGAACAGCAUGUUUCACAUGUUUUGUGGAAUUCUGUGUAAACGAGUGUGUUUGUCAUUAAUUCUACUGACGUGUGUAUAUAACAAUAACUAAGGCUGACUGUCACCAUGUGGCUCUUAUAGGGAGAAUUAUAAUGCCAUAUGCUGCCUGGAAUGUGCCAGUCAGGAAGUUACUCCCCCAUGCCAGUUGAAAUUGACAGGCAUUAUGUCACAGUUAUGCCUAAAGAACUCAAAAGACUGAAAAGUCAGGAAAAAGCAAGAGCCAGAAAAUGGUUGUUACCUCACUUCCUGCCUCUCCCACCCCGGGAGUUUGACAAUAGGAGUUGAAGGAAGGAAACAGGGCUGCAGAGUGGUCUGGACUCUGAGCUUAAUUUCCUGCAGGUGACAUGUUGUGGUAAUGUAUUUAAAACUGGACAGGGUUUUCAAAUUGCAAAAGAAACCUUGUAAGACCUUCUGUUGUCAGACAGUUCACUGAUUCCCCCAAUAGUUAUAUAGCUAAUUUUUGGGGGGUGGGGAGGUAUAAUGGGGCACUGGAUAAAGUGGGGAGCUAGGAUUUCUAAACAUUCUGAAUCCCCAAAUACAUUGUGAAAGACAUACAUCGGAUAAUUUUCAGGCUUGUGCUGUGAAACUGAAUAGGGAGAGGAUUAGCUAGCCAGACUUUAAAUGUCAUGUACCUUUCAAUUUAAAGCAUUGGUUUGAAACACAUAAUUGAAAGGACAUAUUAUAAAUGCAGCUUAACGCUUUCAGGCUGUUCCUGUAUUCUGUUACCACCACUUCUUUGUAAACUUGUUUUAAUUAUCCUGUCAUGAGUGAAUCUGUCCUAGACAGAGGAAGGUAAGCCCAGGUAAUUUCUUAGAUUGUAUGUAUGUCAACCAAAAGACAAUAAAUAAGAUGUCUACAGAUUUGAAAAAUCUAGUUGUGAUUAGUGUAAAUCUGCAAGAAGGUUUGUUUGUAUGUAGGAGACAUGUAUUUUGGAAUUCAUGUCAGAGUUGUUACUUGAAUGUUAAAAUGGGUCACGUUAUCUUACCAUUUAUGCUAUAUUCCAGGCAGGUGGCUUUUUUUGUUUUGUUUUUUGUUUUUGAAGUAUAAAAAUCAAGCCAAGUGCCAAAUUCAGCGAAGUGUCAUUUACGCAUAAGAUUGUUUGAUUGGAAAGCAAAUGUUGAACCUAACUGCUUUCUGUGUCACAAUGCUUUGUUAAUUUCAAGGGAAAAAAAGAGCAACAGAAUCACUGCUUUGCUGCUCAUUGCUGCAGAGUUUAGUUUUAUUUCCAUGGUGGUUUUCUUAUUUGGUAGUACUCAUUCAAUUACUGUAUUUAUCUUUCUUAUUACUGUCGGGUGCAAGCUCUUACACUGUGCAUAAAAUUACAUGGAAUCUGACUUGGUAUUUCAAUAAUGUUUCAUUGCACCAGAUGGAAAAAUGCCAAGUGAAGAGGCAAUUCUUUGCAGUUUGUUCAAAGUAAAUUUUAGCUAAUAUGUAUAUACAGAACUAAUCCCAGGGAACUGCAGUACAGUGUAGUACAAGACCAAGGGUGUUCAGAUACAUACUGUUACUUUUUCUUUUUUUUUUAGAUGCACUGAAUGUGCUUUAUCCUCUGUUUUACUUAUAUCAAUUUUUUUCAUGUGAUGCCUGGAGAAUUUCCAAUAAAUGUAAUUUGCUGCA